AUGGGUCUUACUGUGGGAAGGAAGGGCCUUACUGUGGGAAGGAAAGGUCUUACUGCGGGAAGGAAAGGUCUUACUGUGGGAAGGAAGGGUCUUACUGCGGGAAGGAAAGGUCUUACUGUGGGAAGGAUGGGUCUUACUGUGGGAAGGAUGGGUCUUACUGCGGGAAGGAAGGGUCUUACUGCGGGAAGGAUGGGUCUUACUGCGGGAAGGAUGGGUCUUACUGCGGGAAGGAUGGGUCUUACUGCGGGAAGGAAUGGUCUUACUGCGGGAAGGAAUGGUCUUACUGCGGGAAGGGUCUUACUGUGGGAAGGAUCGGUCUUACUGCGGGAAGGCAGGGUCCGUUACUGUUGGAAGGAAGGGUCUUACUGUGAGAAUGAUGGGUCUUACUGUGGGAAGGAAAGGUUUUACUGCGGGAAGAAAAUGUCUUACUGUGGGAAGGAGGAUGGAUCUUACUGCGGGAAGGAAGGGUCUUACUGCGGGAAGGAUCGGUCUUACUGCGCGAAGGCAGGGUCCGUUACCGUUGGACGGAAGGGUCUUACUGUGAGAAGGAUGGGUCUCACUGUGGGAAGGAAAGGUCUUACUGUGGGAAGGAAGUGUCUUACUGUGGGAAGGAAGUGUUUUACUGCAGGAAGGCAGGGAAAGGUUUUACUGCGGGAAGAAAAUGUCUUACUGUGGAACGGAGGAUGGAUCUUACUGCGGGAAGGAAAGGUCUUACUGUUGGAAGGAUCGGUCUUACUGCGCGAAGGCAGGGUCCGUUACCGUUGGAAGGAAGGGUCUUACUGUGAGAAGGAUGGGUCUCACUGUGGGAAGGAAAGGUCUUACUGUGGGAAGGAAGUGUCUUACUGUGGGAAGGAAGUGUUUUACUGCAGGAAGGCAGGUCAGAUGGAAAAGGGACUCAAGAAGGUGAUUCAAGGUGAAAGAGAGACCGCCGGAAAGGGACUCAAUGGCGAACGUUGUGAGUCCGGGGGAGCGAAAGUAGAACAGGAACGGGUCAGGGAACGAUUAAGGACUCAAGAAUAUGAAGAAGCACAGAUCAUUCGAGGAGAGCGUUACGUACGGAGGAAGUAG